UCCAAAUUUAGUACGCUGCGAUAGUACUGCUAGCAAGAAUUUAAAGAAAUUUGUUACCGCAAAGUAACUUUCUCUCUUCUAAACACUAAAUUCUUUAUUCAUAAAAGAAAGCAUCAUAAACAAUAUAGUAGUGUUUAUCUCCUAGUGAGCAUAUCCACUAACAAUUUAACAGUAAAUUAAAUUUACGAUGCAGAAACGGGAAGAUAUACAAUUUCAUGUUGAUCACAAACAGCAUGUAGUUAAAAUCGGAGAUAUCAGUCCUGAAACAACCUUAAACACUUACUUAAGGAAACAUUCCCAUUUAACUGGCACCAAGCUAAUGUGUGGUGAAGGAGGAUGUGGCGUAUGUACUGUAGUAGUUGAUCAAAUUCUGGAAGGAAAAAAACGCACGUUCUCCAUAAACUCAUGCCUGGUUUCAAUUUUAUCCUGCAAUGGUUGGAAGGUACAUACAAUAGAAGGCAUCGGUAACCCCCUUAAAGGCUACCAUAAAAUUCAGAAGGCUCUGAGCGACAAUUACGGCACGCAAUGCGGAUUCUGCUCGCCAGGAAUGGUGAUGAAUAUGUAUGCUCUUCAGGAAUCCGGAAAAGCAACUGCUGAAAAUAUCGAGAAUUCGUUCGGAGGGAAUAUCUGUAGGUGUACCGGAUACCGACCGAUUUUACACGCUUUCAAACAACUCGCAACCGAUCAAGAAGAUCCUAUUGCUGAUAUAGAAGAUAUCACUCCUUGUAAAAACAAAAUUUGUAAGGAGAAAAUGGAAAUUUUUUUCGUAGAAUUUAACGAUUCAAAAUGGUAUCGAGUGUCAACUAUAACUGAUUUGUUAAAAAUUUUAAGAAUUACUUCCGAUAAUUACAGAUUGGUUUUUGGUAAUACAGGAAGAGGUGUGUUUAAAAAUGAUCCUACGCCUUCAGUUUACAUAGAUAUCCUACAAGUCGAGGAGCUGAAGACUUACUCUUUGAAAAACAAAACACUAACAAUAGGAGGAAAUGUAACUUUAUCAGAAUUAAUGGAACUUUGUAAUAAAUUGUCCUCAACACCAGGUUUUUCUUAUCUAGACACCAUACAUUCACACGUAGACCUAGUGGCUACACUUCAAGUACGAAAUAUAGGGAGCAUUGCUGGUAAUCUGAUGUUAAAACAUCGCCACAACGAAUUUCAAUCCGACAUUUUCUUGUUAUUGGAAACCUUCGAUGCAGAUCUUGUAAUUGUGAAUUACGACGAAAGUGAGGAAGUCGUGUCGCCUCAGGAUUUCUUAAAAUUAGACAUGAACAAAAAAGUAAUUAAAAAGAUCGUUCUCAAUUCGAUUGAUGACUCGUACAAAUUCGCUUCUUACAAGAUUAUGCCAAGGACUCAAAACGCCCAUGCAAUGGUAAACGCUGGAUUUCUAGUCCAGCUUCAAAACGGGAUCGUUCAAAAGGCUCGAAUCGUUUACGGCGGAAUAGAUUCGACUUUUGUACACGCAUCAUUGACUGAGAAAAUUAUAAAAGGAAAAAAUUUGUACGAUAAUGCAAAUUUACAGAUCAUUUUCAAUUCAUUAAACAACGAAAUCAUUCCUGAAGACACCCCGCCAGAUCCAACUCCUGACUUUAGGAGAAACCUAGCUAUAUCUUUGUUUUAUAAGUUUGUUCUAAAAACUUGCCCGCCCAAUAUAAUUGGUAGCAGAUUCAAAACUGGCGGAUUAUUAUUAGGACGACCUCUUUCCGAAGGAACUCAAGAGUAUGGAACUAUUAAGGAAAACUGGCCACUUACACAACCUAUACCAAAAUUAGAAUCUCUAGCACAGGCAUCAGGUCAAAUCAAAUACAUCAUGGAUGCACCUUUAUUACCCAAUGAAGCUUUCGUUUCAUUUGUAACAGCUAAAGCCAAAGCUGGUUCAACAAUAACUUCCAUAGACGCAACUAAGGCUUUGAACAUGGAAGGUGUUAUCGCUUAUUUCGAUAAGAAAGACAUCCCGGGUAUCAACACUUUUACACCAAAAGAUGUCGGACUAUUUCCAGUACAAGAAGAACUGUUUUGUAGUGGAACAGUUCUGUAUUUCAACCAACCCGUUGGCAUUGUAGUUGCCAGCGAUGACGUUACAGCUUCUAAAGCAGCUCAACUGGUUAAAAUUAGCUACCAACCUCCGACAAAAAAAGUUUAUUUCAACGUAAAAGAUGUGGUUAGGGACGACGUAAAAGACAGAAUUAUCCAUCAAACGACAGUAUUACCUAAAAGUAGAGGAAAUGAUGUCUACAAAACUGUAUCUGGAGAAUUCUACAUUAAUUGGCAAUACCACUAUCACAUGGAAACGCAAUGUUGCAAAGUGGUUCCAAGAGAAGAUAACAUUGAUAUUUAUCCAGCUUCGCAGUGGAUGGAUAUAAAUCAACUAGGGGCUUCAGCGGUACUUGGAAUACCCGCCAAUAAAAUAAACAUAAAAGUCUCACGUCUAGGAGGCGGCUUCGGGGGCAAAAUGUACCGCUGCGCGUUGAUAUCUUCAGCAGCUGCUCUAGCAGCAUACAAACUCCAAAUACCCGUUACUAUGUCACUAUCGUUCGAAGAAAACAUGAACAUAAUUGGAAAAAGAUUUCCUCUGUACGUUAAUUACGAAGUGGAGGUAAAUAAAGCAGGAAUAAUCCAGUAUUUGAAAGCAGAUUUAUAUUCCGAUUUUGGAAUUGGAGGUAACGAACCUUUUAACGAUUUACUCGUUAGUUCGUUUGAAAACAACUACGAUAUUAGCCAUUGGGAGUUCAGCACUUUCGUCGUGCAGACAGACUGCCAUGCAAACGCCUACACCAGGAGCCCAGGUACCCUCGAAGGUACGAGUGCUAUUGAAAGUAUCAUGGAGCACAUAGCUACCGUAAUAAAUUUAGAUGCUUUCGAUGUCAAACUGGCCAACAACAGCUCAACUGUUCCUCAGAUACCUAAAUACUGGGGAGAAUUGAAAAGCUGGGCGGACAUUGAACAAAGGAAAAGUGAAAUUGCACAAUACAACCAGGAUAACCGAUGGAUGAAACGAGGAUUAGCCGUAGUUCCGUUGAAAUGGAUACUGGAAGUACCGGGGAAUUUUUCCGUAGUGGUUUCGAUUUUUCACGGUGACGGUAGCGUUGCAAUAUCUCAUGGUGGCAUCGAAAUGGGCCAGGGGAUAAACACGAAGGUUGCUCAAGUAUGCGCAUACAAGUUUGGCAUCGGGCUAGACCAAGUUUCCAUAAAACCUAACUAUUCCUUCGUAACGCCGAAUAAUUCAGUCACAGGCGGUAGUUUAACCAGCGAGGCGAUUUCAUACGCUGUAAUCAGGGCUUGUGAUACGCUUUUGAACAGGAUGCAAGUUGUAAAAGAAAAAAUGAAAAAUCCUACUUGGGUAGAGCUGGUUAGGAAAUGUUUCGACUCAAAUGUACAACUCACUGCGUCUGGCUUUUAUUGGACAGACGCUCCUGGAAUACAAGAAUAUCCGAUUUAUGGCAUCUGUUCAACUACAGUUGAAGUCGAUAUUCUCACAGGGAAAUACCAAAUUUCGCAAGUAGAUAUUAUCGAAGAUUUAGGCGAAAGUAUGAGCCCUUUAGUAGACAUUGGGCAAAUAGAAGGAGCCUUUGUAAUGGGCAUUGGAUACUACAUGACUGAAGAAAUUAUCUUCGACAAUGUAGGUCAAUUAUUAACCAACAGGACUUGGACUUACAAACCACCAGGUGCUAAAGACAUUCCAAUUAAUUUCAGAGUAAAAUUCGCCGAAAACAGUCAAAAUCCUGUGGGUGUACUCAGGAGUAAAGCUGUUGCUGAACCGCCUAUAUGCUUAUCCGUUGCUGUUCCGCUAGCAGUAAGAAAUGCUAUUAAUUCUGCCAGGCUGGAAGCAGAUGGAACAACUACUAUUUGGGUCCCAUUCGAUGGACCAACUACCGUAGAAAAAACGUUCCUCAAUUCUUUAAAUCAACACCAACAGUACACGUUAAAUUAACAUAAAUAUUGCUUGCAAUAAAACAACAAUUAAGAUAUGAAGCGACGGAUGAAACUCGAAUAGGACGUCAUUUCCAAGACGCCUCGGGCGGUGUAG